GUUAGUUGGGUUCACCUGGAAGUGAGGGCUGGUGCUGGGCUGGAGCGGCCAGGCCUGGUCACAGCCAUUCUGCACUUCGUGGUGGUGUGGGCUCCAGCGGGGUUGUGCUGAGCCCUCACUCACAGCCCCCAGCAGCAGACAGCCUGGGGCAGACUGUCCCUAACAGCAGCAGGGACCCUAAAGGCCAGGCUCUGCAGUCAUUCGGCCCCCUCAGAAAGAGAGCCGCCUGCACACUGGCCAUGCUGGGCUGCCUGCUGUGCCCCGCCCAGGGGUGGGUGGACACCUCGGAGGUCACAGCUGACCCGGAACAGGACACUCCAGUCAGGACAGGGACCACAGCCUCUGGCUCAGGCACCUACCUGUGCUGUUCCGGGGGCACAUCCCGGCCUUAAGCCCCUCUGGCAGCUCCAGCAGGGAGCGCUGUUUCAGAUCUGGCCCAGCUGCCCCACCCCCACGCUGUCAGGGCCCACCCCAGAUACCCUUGUAGGCAGGGACUGUGGCGCCUGGAGGCUGUCUCUGGGACUCAUUCUGACCAGACCAGGCUCCUAUUACCCUGCCUCACGGGUCAGAGGUCAGACACAGGGUCGUCGGGACAUUUUCCAUCCGGUCUCAGAGAAAACCACUCCCUGGGGCCCCAGACCUCUGCAGCCACAGAGGGUUUGGAAGGGCAGAUUCCAGGCGGCCCUUUGUCCUGCUGCGCCAGGCAGGCCGGCCCCCUGCCCUCCCGACGAGGAGGAGCCAAGGCUGGGGGGAUGUGUGCCCGCCGUUGGGGGGUGGGGGUGGGAACUGCGGCAGGCCAGGCCUUGGUGCCCCAGGACUCUUGCUCUUUUCAGCUGCAGACGCCCUUGGACUUGGCCUUCCUUCGGGUGGCGCCGUCCAGGGCUGCACAGUGUGUGGGAUGAAGCUCCAGCGUCAGCGUGAGGAUGCUCUUGUGUUUGUGGGCGGCCGCAGGCCUCUUCCUGCUGCACCUGCCCUGCCUUGUGGACAGGCCUGAGCCCCAAGCCCUCAGCCUGGUUUCAGGGAUGGGGUGGCAGAGCAGAGGAGGCGGGGCUGCGCUGGGAGUCCUGCAGGCCCCUGUGCCCCUAACAGCCGUGGAGGAAGGAACCUCGCAGGAGUGGAGUGGAGCCCCUGGCCUGACCCAGACACACGUGACUACCAUUGCCAGCCUGGACCUGCCUUGAGGGACCCAGGCUGUGGUCAGCCAUGCUCUGCAGAGAGGUCCUGUGUCUGCCACCCCCACAGCACAGGAGCCUGGGGUCCAGAGGGCGUCAGGGACAAAAGCUGGGAUUGCUGGCCCUGCCCCCACCCUCCCGAGGGUCGUCAAGGAGACUGAUCCCAGCCCUGGGUGUGUAGGAAGGGGCUCGGAUUACAGGGUCCCCUCCCCUCCCCCUCUCCGGACAGAGCCAGCCCUUCUCCGCCCCCGGUGACCCUCAUGGCCAGUGGCUCUGUGCUCCUGGGCCUCUGGCCCCUCCCCAACCUCCUCCCCUCUACCCUGUGCUGACCGGGGCCUGGGAGCCCCCACACGGUUCAGACAGAGGGGCCAGGCUGAAGCUGGAGAGGAGCCAGUAGUGCACUGACGACCUCUGAGAACCUGGGACACUCAGCAGGGCCAUCAGGACAAGCGUCUGCUGCAGGCUUCGGCCUCGGGUGAAAGGGAGUGCGGGGGAUCCUCGUGGGGGCGCCGACCACAGGCACGGAGGGUGGAUGCCUGCAGGACGCUGGGCUCAGAGGAGCCCAAGGAGAGCUGACCUCGGGGGCCGGCUUGCUGCCAGGGCUGGGGGGCCACCCGGGCGUGUGCCCCAACCAGCUCAGCCCCAACCUGUGGGUGGACGCCCAGAGCACCUGUGAGCGUGAGUGCAGCAGGGACCAGGUGAGCGCAGUCGGGCUGGGGUCCCGGGGCUUGGGGCAGCCAGCCUGGGAAAGACCCCACCAGACAGGCCCAGCGACAUCCCCACUGCUGCCCUCAUUUGUCUUAGGAAUGAGAGCCCCUCCUCACGCCAGCUCUCACACACCCCACAUGCCUCCCCUUCACCCUGGGCACCAUCCUCCUCUAGCGACCAGUCCGGUCAUUGCCUCUCCUCCCAUCUGGGACCAGUGCAGACUCUGGUGGGGGUGCUGCAGCCCAUAAUCAGCCUUUGUCCUGGCCUGCACUGCCUGCUGGGUGGCCCUGAGCACUGUAUGCCCUCCUUGGGCCUCAGUUUCCUCGUCUGUGCAAUGUACACAAUAACGGAACUUGCUUGGGGGUGUGAGGGUUCCGGAAGGUGAAGCAACGUGGGGCCUCUGGCGCUGCAGCUCCUCCCACGGGAUGGAAAGGACACUGAGUUCCCUGGGGGGCAGCCCUGGCGGCAGCCACAGAACAGGGGCCUCCCUACACAGGGGUCAGGCCAAAGCCCCCGGGGCCAGAGGGCAUUGCGGCUCCCACCUAAGUGUCCCCCAUCCCCAGGACUGUGCAGCCGCUGAGAAGUGCUGCACCAACGUGUGCGGACUGCAGAGCUGUGUGGCAGCGCGCUUCCCGGACAGCCCAGCCGCGCCCCCAACCACGGCGGCCUCCUGCGAGGGCUUUGUGUGCCCACAGCAGGGUUCCGACUGUGACAUCUGGGACGGGCAGCCGGUGUGCCGCUGCCGCGACCGCUGUGAGAAGGAGCCCAGCUUCACCUGCGCCUCGGACGGCCUCACUUACUACAACCGCUGCUACAUGGACGCCGAGGCCUGCCUGCGAGGCCUGCACCUGCAUGUGGUGCCCUGUAAGCACGUGCUCAGCUGGCCACCCAGCAGCCCGGGGCCGCCGGAGACCACCGCCCGCCCCACGCCAGGGGCCGCACCCAUGCCUCCCGCCCUGUACAGCAGUCCCUCCCCGCAGGCAGUGCAGGUGGGGGGCACCGCCAGCCUCCACUGCGACGUCAGCGGCCGCCCGCCGCCUGCCGUGACCUGGGAGAAGCAGAGUCAUCAGCGGGAGAACCUGAUCAUGCGUCCGGACCAGAUGUACGGCAACGUGGUGGUCACCAGCAUCGGGCAGCUGGUGCUCUACAACGCGCAGCCCGAAGACGCCGGCCUGUACACCUGCACCGCGCGCAACGCCGCAGGCCUGCUGCGGGCAGACUUCCCGCUUUCUGUGGUCCAGCGAGAGCCGGCCAGGGACAGGGCCCCCAGUGUCCCAGCCCCGACCGAGUGCCUGCCAGACAUGCAGACCUGCGCAGGCCCCACCUCCUCCUCCCCUGCCUCCCCACACCUUGUCCUCUGGCACUUUGAUCCGCAGCGGGGUGGCUGCAUGACCUUCCCUGCCGGUGGCUGUGACGGGGCGGCCCGGGGCUUCGAGACCUAUGAGGCGUGCCAACAGGCCUGUGCCCGCGGCCCUGGCAAUGCCUGUGUGCUGCCUGCCGUGCAGGGCCCCUGCCAGGGCUGGGAACCACGCUGGGCCUACAGCCCGCUGCUGCAGCAGUGCCACCCCUUUGUGUACGGCGGCUGUGACGGCAACGGCAACAACUUCCACAGCCGCGAGAGCUGUGAGGACGCCUGCCCCGUGCCCCGCACGCCGCCCUGCCGCGCCUGCCGCCUCCGGAGCAAGCUGGCGCCGAGCCUGUGCCACAGCGACUUCGCCAUUGUGGGGCGGCUCACGGAGGUGCUGGAGGAACCCGAGGCAGCUGGUGGCAUCGCCCGCGUGGCACUGGAGGACGUGCUCAAGGAUGACAAGAUGGGCCUCAAGUUCUUGGGCACCAAGUACCUGGAGGUGACACUGAGUGGCAUGGACUGGGCCUGCCCCUGCCCCAACAUGACAGUAGGCGAUGAGCCGCUGGUCAUCAUGGGCGAGGUGCGUGAUGGCGUGGCUGUGCUAGACGCCGGCAGCUACGUCCGCGCUGCCAGCGAGAAGCGCGUGAAGAAGAUCUCGGAGCUUCUGGAGAAGCAGGCCUGUGAGCUGCUCAACCACUUCCAGGACUAGCCCCACAACGGGCCUGCACCGCCCGAUGUCCUGGUGAAUAAACGCACUCCCUGUACCCCAGACCUCCUGGCUUGCUGCUGCUGGUCAGGCGGCCCUCACCCUUCCAGGUGCCCCAUCCCCAGCUAGUUUCCAGCUGAGGCCUUGCCACCCACCAGGGCUUUGGUACAAGGUCACCGGGGAGCACCAGCCCACUCCUGCAUCCUUUAACCAGCAGCCAUCCCAGCCCCACGCCCGCUGCCCGAGC